CAGCCGAAGAGCGCGAGCUUCACCUCUGUGACUGCACGUGCGCCGCUACACAGAUGCGGUCGCCGCGCGCCGCUUCCCACUGACUCGGAGACUCGCUCUUCACCUCGAACGGACCGCGUGCGGUUAUUUUGUGGACGCGUCAUGCAGCCUCGCUCGUGGACCUGUGCGUUUCGGCUGCUGGCGUGGACGUGGUUUUGGAGCGUGACGUUGCCUGGAGUUCGGUGCAUCCCCGCUAAUGAAGUGAACCUGCUGGAUUCUCGCUCUGUGAUGGGGGACCUAGGCUGGGUGGCCUAUCCAAAAAAUGGGUGGGAGGAGAUAGGGGAGGUCGAUGAGGACUAUGCACCCAUCCAUACCUACCAAGUGUGCCGGGUCAUGGAGCAGAACCAGAACAACUGGCUCCACACCAACUGGAUCCUGACCGAGGGUGCCCAGCGGGUCUUCAUUGAGCUCAAGUUCACCCUGCGAGACUGUAACAGUUUGCCAGGUGGAGUUGGAACCUGCAAGGAGACGUUUAACAUGUAUUACUAUGAAACUGACGGGGAUGAGGACGAAAUGGUGGAAAGCGAGACAAGGGACAGACCUGGGAUAACCGGGGAGGAAGACAGGGCGAUGAAAGAAAGCAGGUACAUCAAAAUCGACACCAUAGCUGCUGAUGAGAGUUUCACUGAGUUGGACCUGGGAGACCGCGUGAUGAAGCUCAACACUGAAGUUCGUGAUUUGGGACCUUUGACCCGGAAGGGUUUCUACCUGGCAUUUCAGGAUUUGGGGGCCUGUAUAGCUUUAGUGUCUGUACGGGUUUUCUACAAACGUUGCCCAUUUCUAGUGAAGAGUCUUGCUGAGUUCCCCGAUACCAUCCCGGUCUCAGAGGCGUCACAGCUGGUGGAGGUUGUGGGUCAGUGCGUCAAUAACUCACUGCCCUUAUACGAGCCUCCUAGGAUGCACUGCAGCACAGAGGGGGAAUGGCUGGUGCCCAUUGGGAAAUGCGUGUGCAGGCCGGGAUUUGAGGAAAUCAACGGGUCUUGUCAAGUCUGCAGAGUCGGCUUUUAUCGCUCUUUGCUGGAGACUUUGGCCUGCAGUAAAUGUCCGCCGCACAGUGUGGCCAAACAGAAAGGAUCCACCGCCUGCAAGUGUGACGAUGGACACUAUAAGACCGACUCGGAUCCUGCUAAUAUGGCCUGCACACGUCCUCCUUCUGCGCCACGCAACGCCAUCUCCAACGUCAAUGAGACCAGCGUCUUCCUGGAGUGGUCCAUUCCCAUGGAGACUGGGGGCAGGAAGGAUGUGCACUACAACAUCCUGUGCAGACAGGUCCUGGUAGACGGAAGAGACUUGGAGGAAUGUGGCCCCAACGUACGUUUUCUUCCACGGCACGUUGGUCUGUCAAACACGUCGGUGAUGGUGGCCGACCUGCAGUCGCACACCAACUACAGCUUCCUGUUGGAGGCAGUCAACGGGGUGUCAGAGCUGGCCAAAGACCACGCCAAGCAGUAUGUGACACUUAAUGUGACCACCAAUCAGGCAGCGCCCUCCCCUGUCAGUGUGGUGAGAAAAGGUCACACUGGGAAGAGCAGCAUCGCACUUUCAUGGGCAGAGCCUGAUCGUCCCAAUGGCAUUAUCCUGGAGUAUGAAAUCAAAUACUUUGAAAAGGAACAGGAUUCCAGUUACACAAUAAUAAAAUCCAAGGAGACCGAGAUGGUGGUGGAAGGACUGAAACCGUCUUCAAGCUACAUCUUCCAGGUGCGAGCAAGGACCUCUGCAGGAUAUGGUGCUUUUAGCCGUCGUUUUGAGUUCCAGACCAGCCCUUACUUAACUGCCACCAGUGAGCGCGCUCAGGCGUCCAUCGUGGCCGUGGCCGUCACAUUGGCUGUGGUUCUGCUUGCAGUUGUUGCUGGAUUCCUGCUCAGUGGAAGGCGAUGUGGCUACAGCAAAGCAAAGCAGGACCCUGAAGAGGAGAAGAUGCACUUCCACAACGGUCACAUAAAGUUCCCAGGGGUGCGUACCUACAUUGACCCUCUGACCUACGAGGAUCCCAACCAGGCUGUGCAUGAAUUUGCUCAAGAAAUUGACGUGUCGUUCAUCUCCAUAGAGAGGAUUAUCGGAGCCGGGGAAUUUGGGGAGGUGUGCAGCGGCCCGCUGAGGAUUCCUGGGAAAAGAGAAAUCCAGGUUGCCAUUAAGACCUUGAAGGCGGGUUACACAGAGCAGCAGAGACGAGACUUUCUGUGGGAGGCGUCAAUCAUGGGCCAGUUCAACCAUCCAAACAUCAUCCAUCUGGAGGGCGUGAUCACAAAGAGCAAGCCAGUGAUGAUUAUUACAGAGUACAUGGAGAACGGAUCCCUGGACACUUUUCUUAAGAAAAAUGAUGCUCAGUUUACUGUAAUCCAGCUGGUUGGAAUGCUGCGUGGCAUUGCAUCUGGCAUGAGGUACCUUUCUGACAUGGGCUAUAUCCACCGGGACCUUGCAGCUCGGAACAUCCUGGUCAACAGCAAUCUGGUGUGCAAAGUGUCAGAUUUUGGACUCUCCAGAGUUCUGGAAGAUGACCCAGAGGCUGCAUACACAACACGGGGAGGGAAGAUUCCUAUUCGCUGGACGGCUCCAGAGGCGAUCGCCUUCAGAAAGUUCACUUCGGCCAGUGAUGUGUGGAGUUAUGGGAUUGUUAUGUGGGAAGUGAUGUCAUAUGGAGAGAGACCCUACUGGGAGAUGUCCAAUCAAGAUGUAAUAAAGGCGGUGGAGGAGAGCUACAGGUUACCGGGUCCUAUGGACUGCCCUGAGGCUCUAUACCAUCUAAUGAUGGACUGUUGGGAGCGAGAACGCAGCAGACGCCCCAAGUUUGAUGAGAUUGUCUGCCUCCUCGACAAACUCAUCCGCAACCCCAGCUCAUUAAAAAAACUGGUCAACUCCUCACACAGAGUUUCUAACUUGUUAGUGGAGCACACAAGCGUGGAGGGGGAUGGAACCAAUCGGAUCCAAAGCGUUGGCGAGUGGCUGGACACCAUAAAGAUGGGUCGCUACACAGAGCUCUUCAUGGAGGGGGGCUACUCUACAUUGGAUAUGGUGGCUCAGAUGACAUCAGAAGACUUGAGGCGGGUGGGAGUGACCUUGGCUGGACAUCAGAAAAAAAUCAUCACAAACAUUCAGGAGAUGAGAGUCCUUAUGAACAGCAGCAGCUCAGCUGUAAACAUCUGAUGGUUUUUUACAGGCAGACACACUCGCAUACACGCAACAAAAGUACACACAGGAUAUUCAGACCUAUGUGAUGUCAAGUUUAGAAGGUUGGACCUAGAGCGGCUGAGCACUUUUUGCUGACAGUGAAUCUAAACGUGGAUGGAUCUAAAGAAGAGGACCCACUCAUUUGGGUUCUGGGGUGUGAUAUUUGGACUGGCCAUCGGCAGAGACGCUCCACCACUCAAAUGAAUCUUCAUGAGCAGCCGAUGAAGGUGGGCUGAGCUGAACUCGCGUUAGGACUUUUGUAAUUAUUCCGUCUGUGAAUUGUGAGGAUUCUGCUGGAUCCUCUGCACUGGAUUCUCUACGAUCAAUACACUGAUUAGAGAUUGCACAUCUGGCUCUGAGAGCAACCUGCACUUUUUGGCUGUGUCUCAAGUAUGGGCGCAAACCAAACCUUUUUGUUUGGUCUCAGGUGGCCUCAGCCUAGCUCUGACUUUGUCAGUUUUCUCUGGAGGUACAGUUCCAUCAGGAGUCGUUGAAUUACUCGCCACAUUCAUGCAGGACCAAGAGAACAGUCUGUUUCCGUUCCUUCUUUACCAUGUUGAUGUUUUGGUGUUUGUUGCCCAGUCUCAGGCCAACGCUAAUCGCAUUAAAUCAAUUCUACAAUUUACAGAAGAUAUCGUGCAGGGGGUCGUUGAGUUGCAAAGGGUCCCAAAAACAAUCCAAGAUCUGUAAGCACUUAUACUGCAACAUCUGUCAAUCAUUUAUAGCAGCUCAGUGGGAUAAAACUUUGGACUGCCAGUAUGUAGACCUGGGUUUGAUUCCCUGUCAGGCUACCUGUAUGUGUCACGUCAUG